AUGUGGUUCGGGCAGCUGAUCAUCGGGCCGCCGGGGUCCGGGAAGUCCACUUACGUGGCAGGAGUGGAACACAUACUGAAGCAGAUAAACAGAAAAUUAGUGCUCAUCAAUUUGGACCCCUUUGUGGAGAAUGACGUAUACAAAGCAGACGUAAACAUUAGUGAGCUUGUGGAUAUAAAAAAAGUCUUCUGCGACUUGGGCUUAGGACCCAAUGGCACUCUCAUAUAUUGCAUGGAAUAUUUACUAACGAACUUUGACUGGCUAGAGGAAAAAUUAAAUGAACACAAAGAUCACUACCUUCUUAUUGAUACCCCAGGACAAGUAGAACUAUAUACACAUAAUGACGCCUUGAGGAAGAUUGUUCAAAAAAUGACCAAGAUAAAUUGUAGACUAACUUCGGUGCACAUUGUUGAUAGCACUCUAUGCUCCGACAACUAUAAAUAUGUUAGUGCACUACUGUUAUCCUUGUGUAGUCAAAUUCACUUGGAAUUACCCCAUGUGAAUGUUUUCUCUAAAAUUGACUUGUUAAAAUAUUUUAAGGACGAUUUGAAUUUCCCUCUAAGUUACUACGUCGAAGCGCAGAACUUGGAGCAGCUCAUGUUGUAUGCACGCUACCAGAAUGAGUCCUCGUCCGAUUCCGACAUGGGGGAUGCACCAAGAAGCUGCUCAAAUGACCCAAGUUACUGUGCAGGCCGCCCCAUCAAGCAGGUCAUAGAGGAUGAAAUAAAUAGUGGUAACAUAAAAAAUGCUAAGAAAAACUACCGAAGAUUCUCCAACAAAUAUCUGAAGCUAAACGAGUACAUUUGCGAAACGGUGGAAGAUUACAACAUGAUCAACUUUGCCCUGCUGGAUAUACAAGACAAAUAUAGUGUUCUUAAGUUGCUAAAAAUUAUCGACGGAGCUAAUGGAUUUCGCUUCAGCUCCAUCUACUCGGAGUACUCUCUGUUCGACACGUACGUUGAGGCCAUUGAGUAUGACUGUGAUGAUAUUCAGGAAAGGAUCGUCCAUGUUUCGGAUGAAGAAAAGUUUGCGUCCCAAUCUGGGCACCCCCCUCAUGGGUGA